AUCACGAACCAUGGACGCGGCCACGACCGGCUCCGGCUCCCCCGGGCCCGGCUCCCCGGCGCCCCCCGACCUGGAGGCGGUGCCGCUGGUGGCGCUGAACUUCUCGGUGCGGCGGCGGCUCGGGCUCUACCUCAACCCGCGCGCCCCGGUGGCCGCCGACUGGACGGCGCUGGCCGAGGAGCUGGGCUACGAGUACCUGGAGAUCAAGCACCUGGAGGCGCAGCCCGACCCCGCCGCCCGCCUGCUGGAGGACUGGCCGGGCCGCUGCCCCGGCGGCGCCACCGUGGGCCGCCUGCUGGCGCUGCUGCGGGCCCUGGGCCGCCACGACAUCCUGGCCGACCUGGGCGGCCGCAUCGAAGAGGACUGUAAGAAGUACCUACAGAGGAAAGAGCCGCCUCUUCAGGUGCCAGCAGUAGACAGCAGUGUUCGGAAGACAUUAGAGAUGUCCGGCAUCACUACCAGAGAUGAUCCUUAUGGGAACACACCAGAGCUGUUUGAUGCCUUCAUCUGUUACUGUCAAAAAGACAUUCACUUUGUCCAAGAGAUGAUCAGAGAGCUGGAGCAAACGGAGUUCAAGCUGAAGCUGUGUGUGUUUGAUCGGGAUGUCCUGCCAGGAUCGUGCGUGUGGUCCAUCACUAGCGAGCUUAUAGAGAGACGGUGUAGGAAGAUGGUGGUUGUUAUUUCAGAUGAUUACCUAGACAGCAAUGAAUGUGAUUUCCAGACCAAAUUUGCUCUUAGCCUUUCCCCAGGUGCUCGCCACAAACGGCUGAUUCCAGUCAAGUGCAAAUCCAUGAAGAACGAGUUUCCAAGCAUCUUGAGGUUCAUUACGGUCUGUGACUACACUAAUCCCUGCACCAAAAAAUGGUUCUGGAUAAGACUGGCAAAAUCCCUCUUGCUUCCAUGAGGCAAAGCUACAUGAGCCAGGUGCCUUUUGAUCCAGCACAGCUGUGCCUUCAGGAAAAAAAGAAACUCUAACUUCCAGGUGUCGUUUAUACAGCCUUUCCACACGCCAGAACUUUGAUCCUUGCAAUAUUGUGCCUGGGGCCUCCAACAGACACACAGGUGUUAUCUGAACGGGGGCUUAAUUGCACUAAAUGGGGUGUUAAUUGCAGUACAGUGGCCACAAUGCACUUCUCCAGGUGGGUAACUUUAAAUGACCAAAGCCACAAACCGUAGAUGUUGUACACACAUUUUAUAUGGUUUUAAACACCGUUACAUGGCUCCCUUAGUGGUAUCUGGGCAUUGUCAGGGGAAUAGUUUCUCUCUUUAAUCCCUGGUGAAAUCUGAUGGCUGAUUGCUGACCUGUGUGAAAUGAGUUUGGGGGUCUCAGUGUGGUUCCUAGUGGACAAAUGACAAAUGCCAUGAAAAUCAUUGAUACUGGCACCCUAGUUGGUAGAGAGGCCAAGGAUUGAACUACCCUUUUGUUCCCUAGAGGCAACCCCUCCAGAUCCGGGUUCUAGCACACUGGAAGGGCAGUUUCCAUUGCCACUGCCCAGAUUGUACCUGCUCUCUAGCUAUACGGACUUCAAUCUCCAGGACUCUCUUUGUAUUUAAUGAGCAUCAAAUUUACUUAAACAAUGUUUAAGUAUCUAAAAGAAAUUAACUGAUCUCCCCUUAUUUUUAGCAAUAUCUGACUCUUGAGAAAUGACUGAAGUGAGUUUAUUUUCUGUUUAAUAUUUUUUUUCUCAAUUUUGGUCUUUUAAAACAUUUUAGGUCAUAGUCCAACCUGUUACUCAUGUAACUCCCCUAUGGCUGACAUCCUCUGAAACAGCCUUCCGACCUCGAUCAAUGAUUGGUUCUUCGUUAAAAGCAAAAGCCAUAGAGAAACUCAUACUAAAUAAUGAGGGUGCUGCUUGUAGCACAUAUGUCUGUCCGUCUGUGCACAUGUUCCAUUUAACUAAGUGAUCACUCUUACAUCAGCACUGGGAAAUCAUAGAUCCUAUAAUGUUUACAACAGAUCAUUCUCACGUCGAUGGCUCAGUCUUGGAUUUGUAUUGCAGUAUUGAACCCUUAACACACAAGGUGCUGAAUACCUUCAGCUUCCAUUGACUUGAAUGGGAGAAUUGAGCUGAGAACUUUCUAGGAGCAGCCCCUAAAUGAUUUGGCUUCUAAGAACCUUGCAGAACACACUGGCUUUAGAAUGUCCCAAUACCAAAAGGAUAAGUGUCUGACAAAGCAUGCCUUACAUUAUAGAUCAGACCUACUUAAAAACAAAUAAUAAUGUUGUUUUAAUAUGAACAUCGUAUAUUUUAAUUAAUAUAUUAUGAUACUGUGAUUAAUUAAUCAGUCUACUUUAAAUCUAAAAGAAUCCCCGGUUGCUUGCAUGAGUGAGGUUAGGAGCAGCACUGUUGUUGCUGUAGUUGUAUGCAUCGUGUGGAUCAGAGGCUCUGUAUGAUCCAGCUAUUAUGAAAACUUGUGUGUGUGGGUUUUUUUGUUUUUUUCCCCCCAAAGGUGACACUUUUAAAAUAACCUGUCAAGGUCUCAAACAGGGUUUUGGUAAAUGUUUACUUCCCAAAGCGAUGUGGUUUUCUUGUGCCUACGUAUCUGUAUUUGCUGCAUGUUGGUUCAUUCCUUCAGCCGCUGAUUUGCUAUUGAUUUUACUGCUUAAUAUGAGUUACUCGUGUACGUUUUCAAACAGUAGCCGAUCAUCAGUUUCUUGACUAUUCAUUGCGAUAUUAACUAUGUUGAGCUCUUCUGUUAGAAAUGUCUGUGUCUGUGUGUCUUUAAAGGACAUUAAUGUCUACUCAUAAGAUGUUGCUAUAUUUUUUACCAACUUCUUUUUGCCCACUAGGUCUCUUGUAAUAGACAAGCCAACCCUAUUGUUGUGAACUUCAAUUAAUUGACGCGUGUUAAUGCUCCUAGCAUCAGUGCUGGGGAACACUUUUUGGUGGGCCUGCAAAACACACUUUUUGCUGUCUCUCCCAUUAACAUAACGGUCUCCACCACUUUAAUGAGAUCACCCUGCACAGGUCUGUCCUGAGGAUGUUGUGGGAAUUAGUGAGAGAACUCUGGGGAACCCCCCAAACUUAACGGAUCUAAAUGGAUAUAAAUGUAUCUCCCGGUCCUCUUGUCCUCGGUGCAGAAGUGAAGCACAGCAGCUUAUCUUGGGAUUCUUGCAUAGUUUCUAAAUGUCAGUUAUAUAAAUAACCUGGGGUUCUGAGGACUGCUAGGUCCCCAGCCAUUGUAGGGAACUGGAUUGAUUUUGUUUGCUGAAUAUUAGCACUUUUACAAACAUGAAUACACCAGCGGUGAGAUUGAACCUGAUAUGUUUGGAUCUAAAAGCAUGAGCGUCUGUUGAAUGACUAGGUCUAUUAACUUCAAAGGCUGUAGCAGAAACAUGAAACUCUUCAUGGUCUUUAGAGUAGCAGCCUUGUUAGUCUGUAUCCGCAAAAAGAACAGGAGUACUUGUGGCACUUUAGAGACUAACAAA